GAAUAUACGGAAUAUACCAAUAAUGCAACUGACAUAAUGUACCAUCGCUGAUACCUUCUGUACAUUGUUGAAACGCUUCAAAAGCAAAAUCUGGCUUAGCAAUUGGAAAAAGAUGCCCUACGGGCAAAGUGAUUUCUAAUUUUAACAAAUAUAACGAUGUACAUUUGAGUUCUUGACCUUGGCAGAAUAAAUGCAUAAUCAUGUCUGCGUUGUGGUUAGGGACCUGGACCUGACCUGGGAUCUGACAUCAUCUGCGAUCUGAUUCUUCUCGCUCAAGAAGGGACAAUUUCAAACGGAUCUGAAUAGUUUAGUUCAGAACGCGAGGCAACUUUCGUGCCAUUUGAGCAGGGUUGUCAUUGAGCGUGCCAAGUGUCUCCGUAAAUUGUAAUUCAUAGAAUUUCGCUUGUCCGUUGAGUUUAUUAUUUUCUUCAAUAUGCAGCCUUCUGUAUUUACAAAAGCAUUCAUGCUUAGAAGCAUGACAUGCAAAACAACAUUAAAUAAUGUCCUGGUCUCUUCAAAAGCACACUUUGCCAGUGCUUCAUUAGCCACCAAUUCCUUUAAAGUGCAGGACCAAGAAGAUUUUAACGAAAGAGUGAAGAAUAGCAAGAAACCCGUAAUAGUCGAUUUCUUUGCAACAUGGUGCAACCCAUGCCGCAUGCUUACUCCUCGUUUAGAAACGGUCAUUGAAGAGCAGAAGGGUAAAGUUCUUCUAGCUAAAGUUGAUAUCGACGAGAACACAGAUUUAGCAUUGGACUAUGAGGUUGGCUCUGUCCCAGUUUUGAUUGCCAUCAAGGAUGGUAAAGUGGCAGAACGUCUAGUUGGAUUACAAGAUACUGAUAAACUCAGAAAGUUUGUGGAGAAAGUAUCAGCAAAUUGAAAUUGUUUUCCAGAAAUAAUGUUUAGUAUUCCAGUCUGGCUAUUUCAACCUUUCCGGGGAGUGAAGCUAGUUGAAUUAAUUAAUCUUGUAUUCCUUUGCAGAGAAACAGCAUAAUUUUGCUUAAUUUUUGAAAGCAGAAAAUAAAGAUCUCUGGUGUUUUUUGAGAAUUAUGUAUGCUUUCACUUUUGUAUAAAAUUUACUCCCCAAUGAAACCUAUCCUGAUGUUGCAUCACAGAUAGAAACUCAUAUGGUUGCAGUGAAACAGGAGUUUUGUCCACCUAAUUUUUAAAGAAAUCUUAAAUGAGCAAGACUCCCAUGUGAAUUGAUUAAAAGAUAAACAUGUUAUCAGGAGGGUCUGCAAUUUAAAUCUAAUUUUAUAUUUCCCACAGUUUCUUAAACUCAGAAAAUUAAGUUGGGCAAUGCCAAAUAGUAUACUAACCAGGACAGGAAUAUCUUGCAUUAAAUAACAUACACUUAAGUUCCAAGUAUUAUUUAAUAUGUAUAUAUGUACAUUACAAUAAAAAAACUGCAUAAACAGUAUAUACAAGUGUUAUGUUU